GUGUGUGAGGUGCCACAUCGAAACGGAAUAUAAGUGUCGGAAAAUGAGCAUCAUGCUGCUGAUUCUGCUGCAGUUUGUGCUUGUGUCGUGUGCUCCUCCGCGGUGUGACCCAGGAUUUCGAGGACAGUGCAAACCAACAGUGGAAGAAAAACCCAAAUGCACAGAUGUCCUACUGUCCUACUGCGAUGACAUGCCCUACACUCAGACCAUGUUCCCAAACAUCAUCGGCCACAAGAGCCGUGAAGAGGCCGAGGCGGGUGCCGAGUAUCUCCUCAUAAGUGUGGUUGAGUCCCUGCUCGGUGGAGAGUGCAACCCUGAGAUCCGCAUGCUGGGCUGCUCGGUGUUGGCCCCGCGCUGCGAGAAGGAAAAGGUGCUGAAGCCGUGCCGCAGCACCUGUGAGGCGGUGCAUAAAAAAUGCAGCCAUGCUUUCGAGGGGAUAGAGAUGGCCUGGCCUUACUUCCUGGACUGUGACCGCUUUUUUGUCAGUGACGAAGAAGGAUGUUAUGACCCACUGGAAGGCCUCAAAGCAGACCAAGAUUUAGAGCCCUUUGACAGCAUGGAGAUGCUUCCUCCCGAGGAGUCCGCCACCUCGAUGCAGUUCACCUAUCACUCCAAUGCCCAGAUGAUAAGUACCUUGAAGAAAACUGAGGAACAAUGCUCCGACAUAGCCAGAACCUACAGCAUCGGACGCAGCAUGGAGGGCAGGGAGCUGCUCGUGAUCGAGUUCUCAAACAACCCCGGCCAACAUGAACUGCUCGAGCCAGAGAUGAAGUACAUUGGCAACAUGCACGGAAAUGAAGUCAUGGGCCGGCAGGUGCUGAUCUACUUGGCUCAGUACCUGUGCUCAGAGUAUCUGCUGGGGAACGAGCGCAUCCAGACCCUCAUCAACACCACCCGCAUCCACAUUCUGCCCUCCAUGAACCCGGACGGAUACGAGGUGGCUGUUUCUGGAAUCCAGGACAACAACUACGGUGAUGAUGAGGAGGGUCAUCACUACGAUACUUGGAACAUCGGUCGAAACAACGCUCAGAACAUCGACCUGAACAGAAACUUCCCUGAUUUGACUUCCAUCGCUUACAACCGACGCAAACAAAAGGGCCACCGCACCGACCACAUCCCAAUCCCAGACUAUUACUGGUUUGGUAAGGUUGCGCCAGAGACGUAUGCUGUCAUGAAAUGGAUCCGCUCCAUCCCGUUUGUGCUCUCUGCUAACUUCCACGGCGGGGACCUGGUGGUGUCGUACCCCUACGAUCUGUCAAAACACCCGCUGGAGCGCAACAUGUUAUCCCCGGCGCCGGACGAUCAGGUUUUCAAGUUUCUGGCCAGAGCAUAUGCAAACACCCACGAAACAAUGUCCAAUGAAAACGCCCAGUGUGGACCGUCUCGCGCUCACAGUCAGAAGGGAAUCAUUAAUGGAGCGCAGUGGUCCAGCUUUGCAGGCGGUAUGCAAGACUUCAACUAUCUUCACACCAACUGCUUUGAGGUGACUGUGGAGCUGGGUUGUGAUAAAUUCCCCCCCGAAGAGGAGCUGUCUCUCGGCUGGCACCAGAACCACGAGGCUUUGCUCACAUUUAUGGAGGCAGCUCAUCUUGGUAUCAAAGGCAUCGUGAAAGAUAAGGAGGGAAAUGGAAUAAAAGGUGCACGGAUAUCAGUCCAAAGAAUACGCCAUGAUAUUACCACAGGUGAAAGUGGAGAAUACUGGCGCCUCCUCAUCCCUGGCAUCUACAUCGUGUCCGCCUCGGCCCCGGGCUACACCAGAGCCAUGAAGAAAGUCUACCUGCCCCCUGGCAUGCACACAGCGGGCCGAGUGGACUUUGUGUUGCCGAAAGCUGCGCAAGAGCCCGACAUGCAGGAGGAGGACUCCACCAUCCCAUCAUUGGACUCCUAUGACCGCUUCGAUCCCUAUAACCAGUUCGAGCGCUACACCCUGAUGGCUGAUUUGAGCCACAACCGCGAGGAGAGAGCAGAGAAGCCCUGGUGGUGGAGCUACUUCGUCCUGCCAGGUGGACCCGCCCCCACCUGGCUGCUAAAACACUAUUAGAGCUUUAAUAAGAGAAGGGAAAGCAGCCUCUCUUCAUGCAGUAUACACACAAGCCAGGCUAUCAUUUAAAGGAUGCGCUGCUUUUUUAUUGUGGUUACACAGCAGAAAAGUGUAAAGCUAGCUGGCUGGCCUUCAUGUUAGCUUUUUACCAACGAGUGUGUUCGUGAAAUCAAAAAGUAAACACCUUUUAUGUCUGUAAGCUUUUGCCUCGACAAUCGAACGGCUUCAGUAUUCAACCAUGAUGAAAUGCAAAGUUGUUAAAGACUUAUAUUUGUAUUUUCUAACAAUUUUACAUCAUAAAUAAAGAGUUUUAU